GUCACAUUAUCAAUGUUGGUGGAUCUGUUUGGGCGAUGGAUUGGUGCCCCAACAUACAAGCUCAACACGGCCAGUAUUUGGCUAUUGGUGGUUAUAAAUCAACUACUGAAGAACAUCAUCAUAUCGCCCGGCGUCAAAAAAACGAUGUGAAUUACGCGAUACAAAUUUGGAAAAUUGAUUGCCAAGAUGAUGCCACUUCAAUAGAAGAUCCAAAAUUGGAUAUAGUUAUUUGCCAUGAAUUUGGAUGUACUUUUGAUCUACAAUGGUGUCCAUAUGGGGCACAUGAUAAUUGCUUGAAUGCAUUUGAGAGUCAAUCGGAACAUUUCGUCCCAAAAUUAGGAAUUAUUGCUGCAUCAUUCAGUGACGGUUCUAUUGGAAUAUUUGCUAUCCCUCAACCAGAUUAUGUUCGACACACACUGGGCUUAUCUCAAGAUUCAAAUAAACCACUAUUCGUGAAAUUUUCAAAACCUUUGUUGAUUCUCUCAUUGCCUCAAGUUCUUUGUUGGACUGUUAGUUGGGGUGGUCACAAAAAAAUAGCCACUGGGUGCACCAAUGGUGAUAUAGCAAUAUGGGAUAUUGAAGACAUUUUAUCAUAUAACAUCACAAAUGGAACCUUUAGCGAUUCAGAAGUUAUCCCGAUUCGAUAUUUCCGAGCCCACGAUUCAUGUAUCCGUCAAAUAACAUGGAAUUCUAUUGAAAACCCCAGUCAUACUCUGAGUUGUGGGCAUGAUGGUAGAUUGCUUAUUUUUAAUGAACGUGAACCAUGGUUUAAAAACAUGAUUCAGCGAAUCAGGGCAUUCAUGAUGACUGCGUGUUGGCCAUGCCAUUAUGGUGGAAUUGCCUUUUCUGAUACUGAUAACACAUUAAGAUAUAUUCGUAUGGAUGAUUUAAAAAAGACAACUGGACUAAUCAUGCACCAUGCCACCGUUUUUAGAAUAGCAGCAUCUUAUUUUCACCCAUUUAUGGCAAGUUGUUCGGCAGAUGGUACGGUGAAAAUGGCAAAUAUUUGCCGAUUAAGAGAUAGGCAUCAGAAACCUAUACAAGUAACUUUAUACCGUAUCGGAUUAGAUGAAGAUCAAAAAAACUGUUUUAAAACAACUGCUACAUACCAUACCUCUAAGACUUUUAGCCACUUUUUUAAACCAGAAGUGUCUAUUCAACGUAUGACAUGGAAUCCGAAUUUUAAUGCAGGUACAUGGAUUGCGUCAGGCG